GCUGCUGGGCAGGAGUUUGGAGAGUACCCGCCAACGACCUGUCCCGCGUCCGCCGUGCAGUGGAAGGUCCCUGACGGGGGAGAGGAGGGUGCAGCCAUGCAGGCAGAAGCGGUGAAGCAAGACCUCCGCAUGCUGCGGGAGCGCCUGGCCCAGUGUUCUGCUGAGACACAAAGGCACAAGGAGAUGCUGCGGUGUCUGGGGAAGAAGCAGCAGGAGCUGCAGAAAACCAUGGACGAGCUCAGCGUGGAGAACUGUGACGUGGCACGCUCUUUCGAAAACCACCACCAGGAGCUCAAGCAGCUGGAGGGGCUGGUGGCCCAGAUGAAGGGGCUGCGUCAGGAAAUCAAGAAACUUGAGGAGGCACAGGCGCAGGAAGAGGCCUGCCAGCAGCAGAGGAAGAAGGAGGCAGAGGCGCCGGGGACUGUGCUGCCGGAGGCGUCGGAAGCACAGCUGGAGAGGGACAUGCCGUCGAGGAGACGCGGCUUCAUUAAUUGGCUGCGGAGGCUCUGCCUGCUCUUGGUCGGCCUGCAGCUGGCCGUCGGCUUCUCUCUGGCUGCUGCGGUGCUCUACGCCUCCUGGUACGACCCCAAGCUCUUCUACCGCCUGCUGCUGCGCAUGCUGCCUGAGGAGACCUACGCCCACCUGGCGUACGCCCAGGGAAAGAUCCUCCCCGUGGUCAGUGAGGGGCUGCUGCCCUUUUGA